UUGACCCAAUGCUUCGUCGUCGGGUUCUUGUGGUUUUCGCUGGCGGUGUUUUGUAAUCAAUGGGUUUUUAGUGUUUAAAAUUAUUCUGAAAAUAAAAUCAGAACGAUUCGCGAAUUCCAUGUUUAUGCUCGGAAUCCGUUCCGGCUUUCUGCCGCGCAGUAGUGCCAGUGCAGUGGGCUUUCGUUGCUUCAAUGUGAAAAGUACCCCAAGGCUCGGAUUCCCCUGUGCCUAUUCCGAUGAGGAAACCCGAAAAAUCCUCAACACCCUCAAUGAGGAGGAUGUGGAACAGCUGUACAAGUACAACAUAUCAAAGUAUCGGCUGAAGAAGAUCGAAGGAUGGCGUAAAAAGUUUGGUUCCUUCAUGUCCCUCGAUCAGGUGCUGGAAUUGGAUGGGUUUGGGAUUACGGUUCUUCGCAAGUUUUACGAUUCUAUAGUGCAAAACCCAAAAGAUGCCGAAGCAGUCGCCCAGAAAGCCAUUAAGAAGGACGUCAAAUUUACAACUCCGAUUUUCUCGGUCAAUGUCAUCCCUAAAAUUCAAAGUUGUGUUACCCUGUAUGUGGGACUAGAUUAUGUUACAUGGGCAAAGUUCAAGGUAUCGAAAGAUGAACCAACGGUUCUGACCGGAUGGAACAGUUUCCAGAUAAAUGAUCGAAAAUUGCACGUAAGUGAACUGAUUCGCAACGUGACCCAAAUCAAUCAGUUGAUUCCGGAGGCGGAUGUGUACGUCGUGGAGAAUCCGGCCGUAGCCCAGACGGUGGCCAUGGGAAGUGCUACCCAGACGAACAUAAACGUCCAAAAGUCCCAGCUGAUUGCGAUGAUUAUGUUGAUGUUGUCCAAUCGGGUUCCAGAAAGUGCCGAAAUCGUGCCCAACGUGUACUUCGUGAAACAGUACACCUCCGCCAGGUUGUUUGGGAUUUUUGUCGGCAAUGAACGAGUCUCUGCCGAUGGGGUGGUGCGAUCACUCAUGGAACGGCAAAUCGGUCCAAAUGAGGAGAGCGUCGAGCACGUCCAGUCAAAACUGGUGAUUCCAUCCGGGCUGAAGGUUGUGUACGAGGAAAACGAUAGUGCCGAGCGGGAAUUCUUGGGGCAAUCAAUGCUGUUGGGCUUGUCGUUCCUGAGGCUUUGCGUAUUCAAGUGCGAAGAUAGUUUGAAGAUUUUUCGACGAUGAACCGGAACGGGUAAAAAGGUAUGUACAUAGAGAUAUUGCUAAAUAGCGGAAAUGUAAAAUAUUA